GUUCUCCAAGUUGAGAGGCCAACACAGAAGUAAGCCGCGUCAGCAGCUGUCGCACCCCACCUCUCACCACCUGUGUACCUGGCAACAGACCCGCGGCAAGGGGACUGUCACAGCACCACAGAGGACGACACGACACUUGAUAAAUGAUACUAGGACGAAGGACGAGACAUUAAUACCGUUAGCCCAAGGUGGUCGAAGUCCUGGAGAGAAUGAACACUAUAUUUUUGUUGACCUUUUCUGGACCUCGAUAAGGUGUUUGACAGUGUUGGAAGACUUGGACAAAAACCUCAGACUUGAAGUUCGUAAGAUGGUGGUAAAUGAAUUUAAUUGGUUAAAAACGUUGCUUUAUUGUUGUUGCCCAUAGUGUUCUUUCCCCUGGUGGUUUUCUGCGUGCUUGGUUUCUGGGGGUUUCAACUCUGGGCUAAACCAUGUCAUUACCAGGCAUGGGUAGGGACCGAGAGAGUUUGUUUUCGCUCUUUCACGCUUGUGAUGUGGAUAAUUCUGGACAGAUUGAAAAAUGCGAGUUUAUUAAAAUCUGCUCAGAGCUCAACGUUCCACCGACGGAGAGAGAGCACAUAUUCUCUAAACUGGACACCGACAGAGACGGGACUAUCAAUCUAGCGGAGUUCAUUAGCGGCUUCCUCGGGAUCUCCGAGCAAGUGUAUUGUGGGAACAUGGAGAGCGAGAGCUGGGAAGUCUCUUCUCCGGCCUGGGAAGAUUUCCAGACCCGACUGGGGGACCAUGCCAAGUUCAUACCCAGGAAUGAGCAGGCAGCCACGCUGUAUCAGAACAUCAGUAUGGCAGAGCCCAGGAUGGUGCCUCAGUAUGAGAGACUCAUCAUGAGUUUCACCAGAGAGAUCAAACAGCACAACGCUGAGAUGGAGAACCUUGCCCUGGCUGUCAAACGGGCCCAGGACAAGGCCUCCAUGCAACUCAGUGAGAUGGAGGAGGAGAUGGAUCAACGCAUCCAUACAGCCGAGAACAACACAAGGCUUCAGGAAGCCAAGAGGGCCGAGGCAGCUCUAAGUGAGCUGAAGAGACACUAUGAGUCCGAGGUGUGUGAGCUGCAGCACAAGGUCCAGAAGAUGAAGCUGAUUGAAGACCAGUACAAGAACAUCAACAUGAAAGACGAGUCUUCAACCCUGAAAAGGAAGAUCAACGAACUGACUCUGGAAAACCAGAGGUUGAAGCAGGAGUUGAUGCAGUCCCACACUAACAUAGCCUUCCUGCAGAGUGAACUGGACUCUCUGAAGAGUGACCUGACAGACCACAGCAUCAACUCGGAGGGAUACGAGGCGAUGAUGAGAGAGUUCUCUGAUGAGAGGGAUAACCUGGAGCGACAGAUAGAGAUCCUACAGGCAGCCAACAGGAAGCUUAAUGACAGUAAUGAUGGGCUGCUCAGGUCCCUUGAGAACAGCCUCAGUAAGAGCAACAAGCGUGAUAGCAGUGCUUCCCCAGCCAGCAUCAUUAGCAGGAGAAGCAGGAGCAGCUGUUACUCAUCUCCAUACUUGGACAGAUUCUACCAGGCGGGUGUGGAGGAUGUUGAUGAGGACGAGGACCCACUGGGAGGCCUGUUUGGGGGUGGUGGUAGGGGCUCCCUAGGGUGUCGGAGGCCCGGUCUGGACACGCUAGCUCUGGCUCUGUGCGACCCGGGCAUGCAGCGCAGACGUAGCUACGAGGUGGACAGCCUGCCCGAGAGCUGCCUAGACAGCGGCAUGUCCACGCUGCGCGGUUCCAACUACGGAUAUGACUCUGAGCAGGAGGUCAAAGGGCACGAGGAGGAGGAGGAGGAGGAGGAGGAGGAGGAGGGACAGAGGGUGGCCAGGAUCACAGAUGGCCUGGCGGAAGACAACUCUGACAACGACAUUGCAGAGGUGCGGAACAAGAUGGUGUUCGGAUCAGACAACGGUUCGGUCCUGGACUGGAAACCCUUGGAACCAGUCAGCCGGAACAGCUCGGGAGCAUCCACACGCAAAGCCCUGUCCGCCAUCACCAAUGAGGCAAAGGAGAAGGAGUCAGCUGACCUGGGAUAUAUGACAUCAGAGAAGGCCUACCGGGUGGUGUUGGCAGGUGACGCGGCGGUGGGCAAGUCCAGCUUCCUGCUCCGCCUCUGCAAGAACGAGUUUCGAGGAAAUACCAGCGCCACCCUGGGGGUGGACUUUCAGAUGAAGACUCUGGUAGUGGAUGGAGAGCCUACCCUACUCCAGCUAUGGGACACAGCAGGCCAGGAGAGGUUCCGUAGCAUUGCUAAGUCCUACUUCAGACGAGCCGAUGGCGUCCUCCUGCUGUAUGAUGUCACCUGUGAAAAGAGCUUCCUCAACGUCCGAGAGUGGGUGGACAUGAUCGAGGACGUGUCCCAGGACGACAUCCCCAUCAUGCUGGUGGGGAAUAAGAGUGACCUGAGAGAGCAGGCUCUGCAGGACGGGAUCACCUGUGUCUCCACCAGCUACGGAGAGAAACUGGCCAUGACUUAUAACGCCCUCUUCUGUGAGACCAGUGCCAAAGACGGCUCCAAUGUCAUAGAGGCCGUGCUGCAUCUGGCCAGAGAGGUGACCAAACAGGUUCAUGGGGCUGAGGACCAGGGGUCUGUGACUAACCUCUAUAGAAAUCCCAACAAGAAGAUGCCCACCGUCACCUGCUGCACAUGAUAAGAUACCGAACAGAAACGCUACUAGAGCAACCAAAACUCACCACCUAAGGAACCGCAUCAACAGAACACCACAAUACUAGAACACUGUGUCCAACAGCAGAACAAGAGAACAAUGGGACUUCAGAAGAAAAGAACACAGGUGAAUCUGAUCAGAACACUAGAGAACUGUACAGUAAAACUAGAACCACAAGACAGCUGGUUUUCUCAUAUAACAUCAACUGUACUGCUUAAUGCUAUAGGAUAACUCAUAUUGAGCUGUUUAGAAAAACAGCUAAUGCCUGUGUGUGUGUGUGUGUCUGUUUGUUUGAUUAUGCGCUUGCAAUGAAUGCAUGGGUGCUUGUGGUAUAUGCAGACGUCAUUCACAUCCUGGUUAGUAGUGAAAUCUAAUCUCCUAUGCUGUUGAUUGUGUCUUAUGAAACCUCUGUGUGUACCCAAUAGUCAUACAUUUGAAGUCAGAAGUUUACAUACACUUAGGUUGUAGUCAUUAAAACUCGUUUUUCAACCAGUCCACAAAUUUCUUGUUAACAAACUAUAGUUUGGCAAGUUUGUGUAUGACACAAGUAAUUUUUCCAACAAUUGUUUACAGACAGAUUAUUUAACUUAUUAUUCACUGCAUCACAAUUCCAGUGGGUCAGAAGUUUACAUACACUAAGUUGACUGUGCCUUUGAACAACUUGGAAAUUUCUGAAAAUAAUGUCAUGGCUUUAGAAGCUUCUGAUAGGCCAAUUGACAUAAUGUAAUGAGUCAAUUGAAGGUGUACCUGUGGAUGUAUUUCAAGGCCUACCUUCCAACUCAGUGCCUCUAUGCUUGACAUCAUGGGUAAAUCAAAAGAAAUCAGCCAAGACCUCAGAAAAAAAAUUGUAGACCUCCACAAGUCUAGUUCAUCCUUGGGAGCAAUUUCCAAACGCCUGAAGGUUCAUCUGCACCAACAAUAGUACGCAAGUAUAAACACCAUGGGACCACGCAGCCGUCAUACCACUCAGGAAGGAGACGCGUUCUGUCUCCUAGAGAUGAAUGUACUUUGGUGCGAAAAGUGCAAAUCAAUCCCAGAACAACAGCAAAGGACCUUGUGAAAAUGCUGGAGGAAACGGGUACAAAAGUAUCUAUAUCCACAGCAAAACGAGUCCUAUAUCGACAUAACCUGAAAGGCCGCUCAGCAAGGAAGAAGCCACUGCUUCAAAACCGCCAUAAAAAAAGCCAGACUAAGGUUUGCAACUGCAAAUGGGGCAAAGAUCGUACUUUUUGGAGAAAUGUCCUCUGGUCUGAUGAAACAAAAAUAGAACUGUUUGGCCAUAAUGACCAUCAUUAUGCUUCGAGGAAAAAGGGGAGGGUUGCAAGCCGAAGAAUACCAUCCCAACCGUGAAGCAUCAUGUUGUGGGGGUGCUUUGCUGCAGGAGGGACUGGUGCACUUCACAAAAUAGAUGGUAUCAUGAGGUAGGACAAUUAUGUGGAAAUCUUGAAUGAAACAUCUCGAAACAUCAGUCAGGAAGUUAAAGCUUGGUCGCAAAUGGGUCUUCCAAAUGGACAAUGACCCAAGCAUACUUCCAAAGUUGUGGCAAAAUGGCUUAAGGACAACAAAGUGAAGGUAUUGGAGUGGCCAUCACAAAGCCCUGACCUCAAUCCUAUAGAACAUUUGUGGGAAGAACUGAAAAAGCGUGUGCGAGCAAGGAGGCCCACAAACCUGACUCAGUUACACCAGCUCUGUCAACUUAUUGUGGGAAGCUUGUGGAAGGCUACCCGAAACGUUUGACCCAAGUUAAACAAUUUAAAGGCAAUGCUACCAAAUACUAAUUAAGUGUAUGUAAACUUCUGACCCACUGGGAAUGUGAUGAAAGAAAUAAAAGCUGAAAUAAAUCAUUCUCUCUACUAAUAUUCUGACAUUUCACAUUCUUAAAAUAAAGUGAGUUUAAAUGUAUUUGGCUAAGGUGUAUGUAAACUUCCGACUUCAAAUGUAUGUAUCACAGAUAGCUAUUGUGUAUAUAUAUAUACUGUCUGUCACUCUCUGUACAUUGAUAUACACUGUAUAUCAAUGUACAGACAGUGACUGCCAAGUACCAAGUACUAUAUUCACAACAAGCCACGAGUAGAAAGUCACUGGCAUAUUUUUAAGUUAUCUAUGACAUCGUACAUGAUGAGGAGAGACAGAUGCACAGGAUAGGUGGAGAACAGGAAGGUCCAACAGCACAGUAGAGAAAGGUUAUUUAUAACAAUGAAAUAAUCUUCUUUUAUGGAAGCUUUUUAUUACUAAGAGGGACGUGUAGAUAGUGGAUGAGCUACAGCAAAUAGAAUCACAUUCUAGUUUUGUGAUCGAAGAGACAGAAGUGUCUGAAACACCCUCCAUGUACAGUAUUUGUGAUGAAGAGAAACAACUGCUUGAUCAGGGAAGGAAUGUUAUUAUGUCAGUUGAGCGAGCAUACUGUAUGUCUGAUUUCUGAUUGGAGGAGCCAAGAGCAACGUCUGGAGAGAGUGAUUCUGAUUGGAUGAACCUGGUUUGUGUGCGUGUGGUGUGAAUGCAUAUAGGCAAGUUUUAUGUCUGUGUAUAUAUUUUACAAUAGUUUCAUAAUUAUUAUAUAAUGUCAUGUUAGAGUUGCCGUUUGCCCGAUUUAUUUGGAACUCUCCCAGGUGGCUGAUGAUGUCACUGUGAGCCCACACCUGUCUGUCUCUCUUGUCUUGUCUGUCUGAGCCCUCAAUGUGCUCAUACUCAAAGCGCUUUACUAUUAAAAUGUAGCAUGAA